AUGAUUCGAAAUCAUAAAUCAUUAUCAGAAGAAAUAUUGCUGCUUCUCGAAGGUGAUUUAUCUGAUUUGGACCUUGAUACGUCUGAUGUGGAGGAAGAGAUUGAAAAUGCUCGGCAGCAGGACCCUACUACACUGGAUAUACAGUUUCUUCAAGGAAUGGACCUUGAUAUGGUUGAUAUUCAGGACCCUCAAGCCAAUGAUGAAGAUGAUGUUUCCUUAGCUUCAAGAUUACUUGCUGAGCGAAACCUUGCACCAAGUCAUUCAGCUCAGAAAUUUCAGUGUGAUACAGACCAGGAUCUUCGGUGGAGAAUGAAGGACAUUGAAGAAGUGGACACAUCAGGUAACGCAGUUUUUUCUGACCCUCCAGGAGAUGAACUGACACCUUUGCAGUAUUUCAGAACAAUGUGUAGAGAUGACAUUAUCCAGAACCUAGUCAAGCAAUCUAAUCUAUACUGCACACAGAAAACAGGUGCAUCUUUAGAUACAAAUGUUCGUGAAAUAGAAAAGUAUAUACAGAUAAACAUCCUAGCAGGUGUUGUGAAAAAGCCUAGUUACAGAAUGUACUGGGCAGAGGCUACAAGAUUUUCUCCAAUAGCUGACUCAAUCCCUAGAAAUAGGUUUGAUAAGCUAAGAAAUUAUUUACAUGUGAAUGACAACACUAAAAUGAAACAAAGAGAGGAACCUGAUUAUGACAAGCUGUUCAAGCGACACCGGCUCGAGGACUGUGACCGAGCGCACGGGACCCAGCUGCAGCCACCCCACUCUGCGGGGGUUGCGGCGUGCGCAGCCCUAAAUGGACGUCUCUGA